UUGCCAUGGCGCGUACGAAGCAGACGGCGCGUAAGUCGACGGGCGGCAAGGCGCCCCGCAAGCAGCUGGCCACCAAGGCGGCCCGCAAGAGCGCGCCGGCCACGGGCGGCGUCAAGAAGCCGCACCGCUACCGGCCCGGCACGGUGGCGCUGCGCGAGAUCCGGCGCUACCAGAAGUCCACGGAGCUGCUGAUCCGCAAGCUGCCCUUCCAGCGCCUGGUGCGCGAAAUCGCGCAGGACUUCAAGACCGACCUGCGCUUCCAGAGCUCGGCCGUGAUGGCGCUGCAGGAGGCCAGCGAGGCCUACCUGGUGGGGCUCUUCGAGGACACCAACCUGUGCGCCAUCCACGCCAAGCGCGUCACCAUCAUGCCCAAGGACAUCCAGCUGGCCCGCCGCAUCCGCGGCGAGCGCGCUUAAGUUUCCUGCCGCAGCUCACGUAGACCCAAAGGCUCUUUUAAGAGCCGCUACAUGCACAUGAAAAAGAGCUGUAGCACUGUUACAGAUUUCCCUUGAAAAGCACCUGGGGUGCUUUGCGAAAUAGUGAAAGAACAGGUGCUUUAUGAACACUAGAUGAGGAGACAAAUCGAAUGGGG